CUGACGCAGGCGCCUCUCCUCCCUCUUCCCUCCCCCUCCUUGCCACCUUCCCCCCUUAAAUACCGUGGAGCUGCAAGGAGCAGACUCAGCCUUCGCCAGGCAGCUCCUGCCCAACCAUGCUGCCUCCUGGGUCCUUUAUGAUGCUGCUCUCCAUCCUCCUCCUCGGCGCCGGGGCUCUGGCAGUAGGUGUUCAUUCAGCACCAGUAGAAAAAGAUGAUCGUGUUGAAGAAAUGGUAACGCGGUGCAUUGUAGAAGUUCUUUUGAAUGUUCUCUCAAAGGCCGAUGCUCCACCCAUCAAUCCUUUGUGCAAGGAAUUUCUGAAAAACAGCAACCGACAAAAGGAAGAAGAGCAAGAUGGGGCCCGAGAUUUGGAGCCCAACACAAUGCAGAAACCACAAGAACAGCCUGUGAAGGAAGGACAAGGCCUAAAUGAAGAAGAGUUUAAAAGGCAGGCCGAAGUGGGUGAGAAGUGGCAUCCAGAGGAAAAACAGCAUAAUGGAAAUGACAAUGCAGAAGAAGAUUCUUACUCUGUUGAUGAAGCCCAUAAAGGAGAAAUCAAGGAGAACGAGGAUAAAAGAACUGAGGAGGAUGGCAGCUAUAAAAGAAACUUCCACAGUGAAAAAGAAAGCCAAACAAAGAAACACAGUGAAGACCUGGAACGUGAGCUUCAGGAUAAAAAUAUCCUUCCUCCCCCAGGAAAAGUGACCGAGGAUGACUACAAACGCUCUGGAGGCCAACGGGAGGAAAUUGUGCAUAGCCAAGAAAGGGAAAAUGAAGAUAGCAAGGAAGAGGAAGAUGCUGAGGAGGAGGAGGAAGAGGAAGAGGAGGAGAGCAGUGAAAAGUAUCACCAUAGUUUUCAUCGAGAAUUUGAAGACUCUUCUGAGAGAGAAGAUGUGGAUACAGACAAACGAGGACAUAAACCAAGAUAUUACUAUAGGAAACCAAGGUUGGGCAACUCCUCAGAAUAUAAGAGAUGGCAUCAUGAUGAGAAGAAGGAGUCACCUGAAGAGUCAAGUGAGGAAGAACAUGAAUUCUGGGAUAAAAGAGGCCACUUCCCCAAACAUUAUUAUGAAGCAAGACAUCAUUCUGAAGAUAAAAGAAACUCAGUUGAAAUGCAUGGCUCUGAAGAAAUGGGAGGAAAGAGCAAGAACAAAGAGCAUCCAGAUAAAUGGCAGCCCAGUAGAGAAGACAGUGAAGAGGAAGCUAUGGGGCACCACAGUUGGAGAAAUGAAGAGAAAAAGCAUGAUCUUGAGAGGAAGAGACUCCGAGAGGAAUUACAAAAGGAGCUGAGACACCACUUUGAGGAACGGACCCCUCACAGCAAGCCUGGUGAGGAAGAUGUAGCCAAGGAACAUGGCAGAGAUGAGAAGAGGCAUCAACAUGACAAAGAACGUCUGCAGUUACAGCUGGAGGAGUUGCCAAAGCUGCAGACUAUGGAGAAGGAGGAUAAAGAGCAGAGAUUCCACAUCCCGGAAGAAGGAGAGAAGGAAGAAAAACGCCAUUAUCCUUCUGUCCUUGAGGAAGAGCUAGAAGAAAGGCACCACAACGAGAGAGGAAACCAUGUUGCCAGUAAGAGGACACUUCUGCUUGAAGAGGGCUACCCAAGGAGCCACUAUCUUGUAGAAAACGUGAAAAGAGCUGUAGCCCCAUAUAUCCCUUACUAUCAGCAGUUCAGGUGGAAGAACAGACAUGCUGAGAAGAAGGCUGACAUUGAAAAUCCUUUUCUGGAGAGUGAAGAAGAAGAGCCCAGAUCCCAAAUGAACGAGCGAGACUUCGUCCCCGAGUACAACGACUAUGAUUUGUGGGAGAAGAAACAACUAAUGGAUGACCUGGGUCACAAACACAGCGAGAACAACAAUCCUGAAAGGAGUCACAAAUUUUAUGUGAAAAGGCAAUACAACAAGAUGGAUCAACUUGCCCAUCUUCUGAGCAACCGGAAGAAAUCAGUCGAAUUCCCAGAACUUUACAGUUCGAGGGAAGAUAUGAAAAGAGGGCACGUCAUCAGAAGUGGCGAGGGCAAGCUCAGGCAGAGGCCUCUGACCCAAGAAGAGGAGAAAGAACUGGAAAAUCUGGCUGCGAUGGAUUUGGAACUCCAGAAGAUAGCUGAGAAAUUCAACAGUAACCGGCAGGGGUAAAUUUUGCCUGUCUGAAUCUUGGAAAUUGUGAAAUCUGGCUUUAUUUACAGUAUCCUCUCUCUAUUGGUCAAAUCACUGCCAUUAGUGUUGUUUUCUCCCCUUCCUAACCAGGAAUGCAGUUUACUAUCCACAAAACGUGUGAUUUACAUGGGUGCAAGUGAGCAUCUUGAUAUUCCCAAUAUGCUAGGGAGAUCUGAGCAGCAUGAAUACUAGUGUAUAGACUUCUGUGCAAGACAUUUUUAAGUGUGUGUGGAAACAAUUGUCUUUGUGUUCUUCAAAAAUAUAUUCUUUGUUAGAAAUAAUAAAACCACAUUGUCCACAACAUCCA